UUCCAGCACAAUGAUUGUGUGAAAACAAAACACGAGAGGUCUCUGGUGAAUUACAGCUUUUCUGCAGAGCGAAUCGCCGGCUCUGUUGUCCAUCGCGGACGGCGAGGAGAGGCUGCCCAGCUGCCUGCGGCUCCCCGCGGUGGGACCCCAGCCCCUUUCGCAGCUCCCCGUUCUCCGGCCCCGCCUCUCCCCGGGCCGUCACGGGCCUGGCGCAGGCGCGGCUCGGCCAUGGCGGCGGCCGUGGAGCGGCGCCUCGCGCAGUUCCGCGCCGCCCGUAGUAGCUCUGCCGCCGCUCCGCGCCCCGCCGAGCCGCCGGGAAAGGCCGUGGCUCCGGAGGCCACCGAAGGACCGCGGGCAGCCGCGGAGGGCGCGGGGGGCGGCGCUCAGGUCCGGCCCGGCGCUGCGGCGGCUCCGGUGUGGGCGCGCCCGCUGCUGCUGAAGGUGCUGCUGUGGGCCGUGCUGCUGGCGCUGUUCGCAGAGCUGGAGCUCGGGCUGCCGUACUUCGUCCUCUCCCUGCUCUACUGGAUGUACGCCGGCACCCGCGGCCCCGCCGAGCGGCGGCCCGGCGAGCUCAGCGCCUACUCCGUCUUCAACCCCGGCUGCGCCGCCAUCGCCGGGACGCUGACGGCCGAGCAGCUGGAGCGGGAGCUGCACUACCGGCCCGCCGCGGGCACGUAGCGCCGGGCCCGGCGGGGACUGCGCUGUGCUGGGCCGGCACAGCAGCCGCGCCGGGCCGGCCCCGCUGCCGCCGCCCCGAGGAAGGGCCGGGGCUUGGGGGAAUGAAAGGGGGUUUGUUCCUGUGCAAAAAAACACCUAAGCCUUACUGCUGGCCCCGUGUCCCACGGCGCCGGCCGGUACCGAAUAAAGCCGUAGCAAAGCCUGCGCUCUGGUCUCGUUUCCUGGGGCCGGGCAGCUGUUUCGGCCGCUGUGGAACUGCCCCGAGAGGCACGGCCGUGUCACAGCUGCGGCUGCCAGCGUGUCACCGGGAGGGCUUCAGCUCCCGAGAGCUUUGCCACAGGUGACAGGCACAAAGGCUGGCGUUUUGACGACACCUGCAGUAGAAGGGCCUGCUGCUGCUCUUCCCUGCACCGGCUGGAAACCUCAUUCUGAAGCAACGACAAGAAGCAAUAGUUAUACACCUAAAACAGGCUGCUGCUUUGGUUUGCAGUGGUGCCUUUCAUCUAACAGAAACAUCAGAUUAAAAUCCCCUUUUUGCUUCAUAUUACAGUUUUCAUAAUUGUAAGCUGAAAAAUACUUAUUCCUGGCAAGUGUAUUUGUAUGAUCCACUGCUGUUUUUAAUAUUUAGAUCAUUUCAUUGAGCCAGACCUGCUUACAGCAUGGAAAAAACAUGGGUGUGGCAUUUGAGAACAUGUUUUAGUGUUCUAAAACAUGUUCUAUGAUGGUGAUGCUACAUAGACAGUUGGACUUGAUGAUCUGUAAGGUCUUUUCCAACCAUAACAAUUUUAUGAUUAAGUCAUCGUUUUGAAGAGCAGCUGCUAGAACUUGUGUCUCUGAGGACAGAGUUAAGAAAAAAAGUCACAAAUUGGUCUUUCAAAUUCUUGAAUUGGUCAUUCAAAUAUCUUUUCUAAUUUAAUGCAUUGUUAAACACAUUGUUAAGGCUUGACUCAACACAAGUUUGAUCACUGGUUGUAGAAACAAAAGAAAGUGGUGCUUUGAAUUUAACUGACUAGUAAGAGAGUAAUACAUUAAAGCACAUGUAGUAUGUUAACACUGAUAAGCAUCUCUCAGUUGCUCUCCAUAGUAUUCUCACAGUUUCUGUCUUGGCCUGUUAUGUAUAUUCCAAGUCCUGUUAUUUGAAGGCAAAAAAUUCUGUCAUUUGCACAUAUUCUGUCUCCUCCAGUAAAACCCCCCCAGAGUUUUCAUUAUUCUUACUGAUUCCUUUUGACUCUAUAACAUGCUGCAUUUUGUAUUUGAUUAACAUAGGCUCAGCAGGGUCAAACACCUUUAAAGUAGUGGACACACAGUUGAACAUAUAAAGCAUUGUUUCCUUGAAAGAACCACAGACUGUGAAUCUUUCCAUUCUUAAAAAGUAUUCUAGUAACAGGGUAAGAAGUGGCUAAGAUGAUACUCAAAACACCUGUAAGCAAUGGAAUUUUGUGAGUUAAAACUUUAUUCACAACAAUAAAAAUAGACAUCAGUAUAAUAUUUAUGGGGAGUUAAUAAUCUGACAUCUUGUACAGUUCAGUUCUGUGGAUAUUUUUUAAAACAAGGAAAUACAUGCAAAUAAAUAUUAAAUAUAUGGUAAGAUCAAUGAAAUUAUAAAAAUUCAUAGCAGCAAUGCUGGAAAUAAAGUUUUCACUUGGUAUACACUCUAGCUGCAUUAUACCCAGGUGGAUUUAUAGACUCUUGUAUUUAAUGCUUCAUGAAACAAGUUACCACAGUAAGUGAGCAUGAAGCCAAAAGGCACAAGAAAUAAAAAUUGACACAAUUCGUCUCUUCCA